AUGAUUUGGCAUGACAAAAAAAGAACACAAGAUGAGUACAUUAGGCAUCCAGCAGAUGGCCAGUCUUGGAAGGACUUUGAUUCUUCACAUCGAACCUUUGCGAUCGAUCCACGAAAUGUUCGGUUGGCUCUUGCUAGCGAUGGAUUCAACCCAUUUCGGACUAUGAGCGUUGCUCAUAGCACAUGGCCCGUCGUGUUAAUUAAUUAUAAUCUUCCACCAUGGUUGUCAAUGAAACCUGAAUAUUUCAUGUUAUCUUUGUCAAUUCCUGGGCCUAAGUCGCCUGGAAAUGACAUAGACGUCUAUUUGCAACCUUUAAUUGAUGAGUUGAAGGAAUUGUGGGAAGAUGGGGUGGAGACCUAUGAUGCUUUUAAGAAGCAGACAUUCCAGUUACAUGCCGCUUUACUAGGUACGAUAAAUGAUUUUCCAGCAUAUUCUAUGUUGUCUGGAUGGGCCACUAAAGGAAAUUAUGCAUGUCCAAGCUGUAACCAUGAUGUAAGACCUCAUUACUUAGAUCACAGUGGAAAGAAUUGUUAUAUGGACCAUCGAAGGCUUCUUGAUAUGGGCCAUCCUUGGCGAAACGAUAAAAAAUCAUUUAAUGGAGAAGUGGAGGAUAGAGUUGCACCUUCUCCUUUAUGGGGUACUGAUCUGCUAAAUGAAUUGAAAGACUUUGUAAAUGAUUUUGGAAAGAGAAAAAAAGGACUUAGUAAAGGUAAAUGGAAAAAGAAGUCUGUCUUCCUGGAAUUGCAAUAUUGGGCUAAUAUUAAAUAUCGUCACAAUCUUAAUGUCAUGCAUAUUGAGAAGAAUUUCUUUGAUAAUAUCAUCAACACGCUCUUGGACGUUCCAGGAAAGACAAAGGACCACAUUAAGGCACGUCUCGAUUUGAUGGAUCUUAACAUAAAACCACAUCUCCACCCUUUUCCUUCAGAAGAUGGUAAGCGCUUGUUAGUGCCUCCAGCACCUUUUACAAUGGGUAAUGUGGAAAAGGAUUUAUUUCUUAAAGUUUUUAAGGACGCAAAGCUCCCUUAUGGUUAUGCAUCGAAUAUAGCAAGGAGUCGUCCAGAAGGAAGCAUAGCUGAAGGCUAUAUGAUGGAAGAAUGCUUGACAUUUUGUUCUAGAUAUUUGCAUGAUGGUGUAAAGACUAGAUUGGAUAGAAGAUGUGCUAGGCAAUGUGACAUGAACCAGAGUGAAGAUGAUUCAUCCUUUUUUCCAAAGUUAGUAAAUAGCCAUAGGCGAAAACGUAGAUGGGAUGAUGCUCAAAGUCAUAGCAACGAUUUUAUUGAUUGGUUCCAAGAAAAGGUUCAAAGAGAACAAGUUGAUGGCCAAUUGUUUUGGUUGGCUAAGGGUCCUAACACUAAGGCUAGGAGGUACAUGGGAUAUUUUGUGAAUGGUUAUAGGUUUUGCACAAAGGGGCGUGAUUCACGUAUAAAGACUCAAAAUAGUGGAGUCACUUUAAUAGCCACGACUUCAAGUUUUGCUAGUUCAAGGGAUCAAAAUCCCGUGGAUGGAGACGUUACCUACUAUGGUGUAAUAGAAGAAAUUAUUGAGUUGGAUUUUUGGUCUCAAUUUAGUGUCGUGUUAUUUAAGUGUCAAUGGUUUCUUGCAAAUGUCGAUGAGUUUGGGCUUACAUUUGUCAAUUUCAAAAAGAAAUGUUCUCAAAGUGAUCCUUUUGUGUUAGCGUCACAAGUUCAUCAGGUUUUUUAUGUACAAGAUCCACAAGAACAUGAUAUUCACUAUGUCAUGCAACGGGUUCCAAGAGACUUAUUCGACUUCGAGGAAGCAAUGAAUGAGGAAACCUAUUGGGAAGAAGCUAUUGAUUCUAGUGGUAGUGACAUACCGAAUGUGGAUGCAAGUGAUACUUAUUCAAGAGCUAGUGGUGAAGUAAGAUCGGUGGAAAUCACUGACAUCGAAGAUGCUUUGGAUAUAACUUACCACGAGGAAGACUUUGAACAUGAUGAUACAGAUUGGGAUUGGAUGCAUGCUGAUACCGAUACUUGA